GGAGUAAAUUUUAGAAUUUGACUUUUUGGUUAAAGAUGAUAAUGUUUGGAAAUAAAUACUAUUCAUCAAGUAUUGAAGUUUAAGCAUUUAGAGACUGAUUCAGAUAUUUAGCAAUAGUAUAGGGACCAUUAAUGAAACAUCGUCUAUUUGCGCAACACAUUUCAUCAUCGUUGCCUGGUUGGAAACUUGUCAAAGAUGUAGCAAACUGUCCUCAGCACACAAAUGGCUGACGAAGAAGAAGAUGUAGAAAGCACCGUAUUUGGGCCUCCUGCUGCUUUAAUUGAAUGGGAACGACUCCAAUUGCGUCCGAUUUCCGAUCAAUUUCAAUUUCAUUCUCAGUCUCAAUCUCCGUCUUUAUCAGAUCCACUUGGAGGUAGAGAAGUAUGGUCAACGAUACAUGAAGACAACCAACCACCCGUCGUAUUCCCUCCAGUGAACCACGAAGGCAUUCACCUUCACCUUCACCAUCACCAAGAUGUACGAGAAAUCGAUAUCGAACGACCCAGACCACCGUCCCCUAUCUCGAGACCAGCGGCGAUGGGGGAAUCCGUCAGAGUAAGGUGGUGGGAUGGUGGACUGCAAGUUUUACGUUUCAAGUUUGCCAGUGUCAUCUCGUUCCUUCGAAGUUUUUCUACGAGCAGAGGAGGGUUACUUCGGUCACACUUCCCGCUGGCAGGUUCAAUGGUGUUGCUGUUGCUACUUCAUUUGAGGUCCCGGCGCCGGCGAAGGUUGAGGCAAGAGAGUAUCAUUCAAUUGAUCAGUGUUAUUAAGGAGAAAGAUGAGAAAAUAAAUCAAUUACUGCAUCAGAUCGCCCGAAUGAAUGAACUGUUGCUUGCUACCCAUCAUGGAGUCCCCUUGAUAUCCAAAGCUGUUUCUUCCUGAUUCAAUUGGGCAGCAGAUCAAUGGUUUAUCUGGGCAUCAAAGCUGGAGAUCUUCAGAGACUCAGAGUUGAUGCUGAUUUCUUCUGUACAAGAUUCAACGUUUGCUAGCUUAUCAGUUAUCACACAAAUGGUAUUGUAGUGUAGUAUCAGUUUGAAACUCGUUCUUGAAUUUCCUUGCUCUCCUAGUCUACUGUGUGUGGAUCGGUCUCUAUAAAGGGAUCUCCAAACAGGGUAUGAUAAGGUUCUUCAAUGAUGGCUCAGUUACCAAAGUCGCCCAAUAUGCACCACUUUUAAUUAUAUAUUUUUUUACCAUAUCAUAUAUCAUAUCUCCAAUUAGUCAUUAAAGUUUUAAAUUUAUUUUCUUUUAUUUAUUUUACGAUAUAUAUUAUCUAUUGUAAAUACAUUUGUUUUGCUUUAUUAAAAUUAAAAUAAAAACGCUUGUAGUUGAAUCUGAA